CAGCAACAGCAGCAGCAGCAGCAUCUGGAGUCACCGAGCGAGAGGAGAGAGGGAGAGAGCAGAGCCAGGCAGAACUUUUCUCAAGGCAAAGUAUGCAGAGCUCAGAGGGAGGGUCAGACACCACGACCAGCGUGUCAGCGCUGCGAACGUCAUCAUCAGCUCAGGCCCCUGUGGUCCAGCCUGUCCCAGCCUCUCAGCAGAGGGUGCUGGUUCAAGCUACAGGCUCAGCUCAGAAGGGAGGACAAGUACAGCAGCUUUCAGUACCCAGGGUUCAACAGGUCGCUCAGCAGGUUCAACAGGUGCAACAUGUCUACCCAUCACAGGUCCAAUAUGUAGGAGAUAGUGGAGACGCAGUUUACACCAAUGGAACUAUACGAACAGCCUACUCUUACAACCCAGAGGCUCAGUUAUACGGGCAGAGCAGUGGGGGAACUUACUUUGACUCGCAGGCCGGUGGAGCUCAUGUCACCACAGUGGUCUCCUCUGCCAGUGGCGGGGUGCCCCCUCAUGGCAUGGUGGGCAUCGCUAUGGACGUGGGCAGCAGCCACAUCAUCUCCAGCGGAAGCACCUACCUGAUUCAUGGAGGAAGUAUGGAAGGAAGCCGCAACCACAUAUCACACUCAUCGCGCUCCUCCUCAGCUAUGCUUGAAAUGGCGAUUGAAAACCUCCAAAAGUCUGAAGGAAUUGCAAGUCACAAAAGCAGCCUGCUCAACAGCCAUCUGCAGUGGCUGCUGGACAACUACGAGACAGCGGAGGGAGUGAGCCUGCCCCGGUGCUCCCUGUAUAACCAUUACUUAAGGCACUGUCAGGAACAGAAACUGGAUCCGGUCAACGCAGCCUCCUUCGGCAAGCUCAUCCGCUCGGUCUUCAUGGGCCUUAGAACCCGCCGCCUCGGCACAAGAGGCAACUCUAAGUAUCAUUACUAUGGCAUCCGGGUGAAGCCAGACUCACCGCUGAACCGGUUGCAGGAAGACACCCAGUACAUGGCCAUGAGGCAGCAGCCUGUCCACCAGAAACAGAGGUUCAAACCUCUACAGAAGGUGGACGGUAUGUCUGACAGCCUGUGUGGGAGCUCACAGCACUGUAACAGCACUCCAGAGCAGUCCGUGGCUGCUCAGAGUCAACACCACCAGCAGUACAUAGAUACGUCCCACAUCUUGCCUCCAUUUCCCUCCCCUGACUUGGGCACCCAGCCUUUGCCUGAGCGCAUCAACAUGAAUGAUAUCAAGAAGCUGCAGACACUCUACAGAGACCACUGCGAGGCUACUUUGGAUGUGGUGAUGAACCUCCAGUUCCACUACAUUGAGAAACUCUGGCAGACCUUUUGGUAUUCAACACCGCCAUCUAGUGACGAAAAUACCACCAUCCCCAAUAGUGAUGAUGACAUGGAGGGUGUGAUUCCCAGAGAGAAGCUUGUGGCUCUGUGUAAAUAUGAACCAGUCAGACUAUGGAUGAGGAGCUGUGAUCACAUCCUCUACCAGGCUCUGGUCGAGAUCCUAAUCCCUGAUGUGCUGCGUCCUGUCCCAAGCACUCUAACUCAAGCGAUCCGUAACUUUGCCAAGAGUCUGGAGGGCUGGCUCACCAACGCCAUGACUAAUUUUCCUCAAGAGAUUAUCCGCACAAAGGUGGCGGUGGUCAGUGCGUUUGCCCAGACGCUGAGACGUUACACUAGUCUGAACCACCUGGCCCAGGCGGCCCGUGCCGUCCUCCAGAACACCUCCCAGAUCAACCAGAUGCUCUCUGACCUCAACCGAGUGGACUUUGCCAACGUCCAGGAGCAGGCGUCCUGGGUGUGUCAGUGUGACGAGAGCGUGGUUCAGCGUCUGGAGCAGGACUUUAAGGUCACCCUGCAGCAGCAGAGCUCUCUGGACCAGUGGGCUACCUGGCUCGACAACGUGGUCUCUCAGGUCCUGAAGCCUCACCAGGGCAGCCCCAGCUUCCCCAAAGCUGCACGCCAGUUCCUGCUCAAAUGGUCCUUCUACAGCUCCAUGGUGAUCAGAGACCUGACCCUGCGUAGUGCAGCCAGUUUUGGCUCUUUCCACCUGAUUCGCCUGCUGUAUGAUGAGUACAUGUUUUACCUGGUGGAACACCGUGUGGCUCAGGCCACCGGAGAAACUCCUAUUGCUGUCAUGGGAGAGUUCAGUGACCUGACCUCUAUGAUGCCGUCACUAAUGGAAAAAGACGCGUCCUUCUCUGAUGACAUGAGUGACCUGGGCAGUGAUGCUGAUGCGUCCAGAGGGCCGAGUGAACCAGCUGUAAAGAGGGAGAGGAUUGAAAUGAGCCACCCUUUGCAGGAGAUGUGAGUCCAGUGAUGAAACGGGCCGGACUGAAAGCCAAGGACCAGCAUCUCUCUCUGUAAGGGUGACCCUAAAGUGGCCCUUUGGGAUGCAGCAGCUUUUUUGGGCCGAGCACACUGCGUCCUCCUGCAGUCAGCGUGUGCAAUGUACAUAGAGAAGAAAGUAGCAAUGUCAGUCCCCCCCUCAUUAGCGUUUGUAAGGACGGUGAUCUUUCUCCCAGGAAACUUGCGUCUCUUUUUGUUUUGUUUUUUUACUCACAGGGGUGUAACACAGGUCUGAUUUAAUUUCCGUUUUUGUUGCAACUGUGAAUGACUUUGUGCAGUACCUUUUUAUUGGAUGUGUAACAUUGAGUGGUGGUGUGUGGUGUUUGUGAUUCUUCCCUUCUUUUUCUUAACUAGCUGUGCCAUAGUGUCAUUUGAGUGCCUUAGAUCGCUAACCUUGAAACCACCACUACAGAUGUCUAUCUGUCCCUCAGCUGUGCCUCUACCGCAGUAUGAAUGUAUCGUCUCCAAACCUCAGACAUUCAAAGCACCUUUAACAUUGAUUAUUAGGUGUAGGUGUGUAUACUCCUUGUUGCCUCUGCUGCAGCUCGCAGCAAACACACAACAAUAAAAGUAAACAACAACAUGCAACCUAAUGACCCAAAGGACCUUUCCUUCAGUCGUUCCCACCAGCCUCAUAGUCUCACCGCAGCCAGGGAAAGAGUACGUUACCUUGGCUGUGUAAGAUGUUUACCUCAAUAGAUUUCUAUGCUGUGCGGCUCAGAUGGCACGAGGCAAGUAUUAAAGAAAAAUGUAGCCACUG